UGAUUAUAUGAUAAUACAUAUUUUUAGUCUAAGUUUUGAUCUGAAAAUUUCAAUUUCGAUAUCCAUCAUUGACUUUUUAACAAUAAGAUCGAUUUAAAAGCCUAUAAAAUGAAAACAAAAAUAGUGAGUUUCUUGAAAAUGACAAGAACCGUUCGACAACCGUCUGUACGUAUGGCCACCACAACAUCUACUGGAGCAUUAUUACCUGAACCGCAUAGAAUCUCUUUUGGCCUUUUGGGUAUUAUUUGCACAGUUGUACCUGGUUUAUUAAUUGGAGCUAUCAUAAGUAAAUAUAUGGCCAAUUUUCUGGAAGAAAAUGAGUUAUUUGUUCCGUCAGAUGAUGACGAUGAUGAUGAUUAAUAAUAGAUUAGGUUAUGUAGUUAAUAUUUUUAUCAUAUAUUUGUUUUUGAAUUUUUAUUUAUUGCUUAUUCUCUUGUUAAAAAAAAAAAAUAUUUUAUCUAUAAACCUACUUCGGUAUUAAUAUUUUUUAAUAUACCUAUAUAAAUAAUAUACUAUAUUUAGUUAAAUUUUCUUUAUUACCACAUUAUACCUAGUCAUUUAUUAUUUUAUAAAUAAUAACAUUUUCUAAGUAUCACUAUAUAAUAUUUUGAAUUGUAUUAUUUAGUUUUUAAUUAUUAUUAAUACUUAAUAAAAUUUGAGUAAAGAAAUAAAAUGAGUUUUUAACAAAUAACAAUAUCAACUAUUCAAAUUUAGAUAUAAGUAGCUUUAAUUAUUUUAAUGAAUUAUAUAAAUAAUAUCUUUUUAGUUAUUAAAUAAUACCUCCUAAUUUCAUAAUAGUUCAUAUUAUUAAUAUUGUUCUAAUUUUUAAAAUAUUAUGUUCAUAUUUUAAACAAUUUAGACAAGUUUAAGCUUCUAUCAAUGUACAAGCCUUACUGUUUUUGUAUAUUAUUAAAUAAAUAUAUUAACUAAUUAGCAAAAUAUUUAUUAGAUUGCAUAAACACAAUAAAAUAAAUUUCCUAAUUAUUUUUUAUCUACCUAAGGGCCAUUCUUACAAUGUCCUGGAGAGUAUUUAUUAGUACUAAAUGAUAUUGUAAGAACGAUCUAAAGGUUAUCGAAACUUGAGGUUCUCGAACUUUUUUUUUCACUUACCACUAAUAUGUACCUAUUAUAAAUCUGUCAUGUACCUUCCACUUAUGACUAAAAAUUAAACUAUUUGUAAUAUCUCUAUGUGUAUUUCAAAAUUAUAAGAGCAUAAGACAGUAAAUUACUAAAAUGUAGGUCAUUUACAUUAUAAAAAUUAAAAAUAUAAAAUAGGAUUAUAUGUAUUAAAAACAUUUGUACAAAUAUGAAUUAAUUAAUUUUCGAAACUCGGCUACCACAUACUACCAGUGGUACGCAUACUAUAGUUUGAAAACCGCUGUUCUAAACCAAUGUUAUAUGGAGAAAAAAUUUGUUUGAAACAAUGACAAAACUUUUUUCACCUUUACAAAACCUACAUUAUCAGCGAUUACAAGGGCUGAAUUUUAUUUUUCAAAAAAAAUUAGAGAUGCACAAGUACAGAUAUUGCAAUAAUGAAACCGGUAGUAUUAAAUAAUGUACUACAUGUUUAUUAUAGUACUUAUCAUGACCCACAAACAAUAUGUAUUGUAAUAAUCAAUAAGAG